UCAGCAUCCGCACUCUAGCCGAGCCACUGCCCCAGACCUGCAAGCCGAUGCAUGUGUUGCACUCAACUUCUGCCCAAUCAGGGUCUAGGGCUGCUUGAUUCUCCACUCUCAGUCGUGAUCCUCUCCAUCAAGUGGGAGAUUCUUUAUUGUCGUAUUUGGUCCUCCGUACUACUGCUCUGAAUGAGUCUGAACCGAAACCGAGGGCUAACUGUGCCACUGUUGAGGAGCACCUCAGUGUAUGAGGGGUUCUAUGUGCAUAGCAUGACAUAUAUGCUAUGAUGUCGUUCAAUAUGUCUAUACGUACUGGACUAACAAUUCCCUCAAACUAUACUCAGACCUAAUAAAUCAAAAUCUGUCUCAUAUCUCACAUCAUGGCUGGCAAUGGAGAAUCCAGCACAAAGGUUGCUCUCAUCACCGGAGGUGCAUCUGGAAUGGGCCUCGCAACAGUGAAGAGGCUAGUCGAGCUUGGAUGGAAUGUCUCCGUUCUUGAUUACAACAAGGCGACAGGUGAAGCAGUUGCGAAGGAAUUAGGAGACCAAGUCCAAUUCUUCCAUGUCGACACCGCUAACUACGACCAACAUGCUAAAGCAUUCGAGACAACGUGGAAGAAAUUCCAUCGACUGGAUUUUGUCUGGCAGAACGCUGGAAUCGGCGACCGGAUCGACUUCUACGCUCCGGUGGAAGCGGCAGACGACGCACCGCCACCCAAGCCCAAUAUCGAUGUCAUGACCGUAUGCCUGGAUGCGAUGGUCUACGGUGCAUAUCUCGCUCUCCACUACUUCCGGAAGAAUCCAUCGAAGGGUGGAAAGCUUCUCUUCACCUCGAGCAUGUGUGGAUUGUUCCCCGGGACAGGGAUCCCACUGUACACAGCCGCGAAGCAUGGAGUUGUCGGCCUCACUCGUGCUUUGAGUGCGCAGCUCGCGAAGAGGAAUGAGCCCAUCACCGUGAAUUGCCUCUGCCCAGGCUUAGUCGAUACCGGCCUUACACCGGCCCUCAUGGCUGCAGCACCGACGAACGUUGUGACGCCGCCGUCGACAAUCGUCCGGGCCGUCGAGGAGGUCCUGAAUGAAGAGGGCUUAACGGGGAUGGCGCUGGAAUGUAGCGUCCAGAAUAUCCACCGUCGAACCCAGCAGGAGUAUGGCGACGAGAAUACUGCGUUCUUGUUUGGGGAUUAUUUUGUGACGGCAUUGGAUAGGGAGACUCUUAAAGCUCGGGCUCCUAAGUAGAGUAAGGCAUUGGACGCCAUCAGCCAUGCCGUCAUUUAGGUGACUGAUUUUUGAUGGGUAAGGUAGCUCGAAAUAAU